AUGGGUGCUGUCAAUCUCCUGGUUGAAAGGCAGUCCGAACGUUCAUUCGACAGCAGGACACACCCUUUUCCAAGUUCCAGUACUGGAAGUCCUAGCACUAGGUUGCUAUCACAACCAGCCGAUGACGACGAUGUUGCUUCGAGAGUGUUACAUUUCGACCCAUUACAAAGACCUCAUCCACCGAGUGCGGUACUCGAUAAGCUGGUCAAUGUCUACCAAGAAAGAGUACAUUGUCAGCCUAUUCAACUUUUUGACAUCGAGAGUCUUCGAUCCGAGGUUGGGAGCUUUUCGACUGUGCUGUUAAGAAGUUUCCUAGCAUUGACAAGCAAAUACUCUGAUGACGAUUUCUUCAAAGAUUCCAAAGCUGCCGCAGUAGAGUUCUACAUGCAGUCGUCGCGGGAUUUGCUGUUCGCUCGGAUAGGGGAACCGACUGCCAGUGGCUCAGUAGAGCUGCUUCAGGCGUUCUGUCUGCUGAACCUCUGCGACAUUGCAGAUAGUAAGAAGAUCAGAGCCUGGCUGACUACAGGAAUUGCUGUACGUCUCGCGAUAAGUACCAAUGUUUUGACAUGUGGUUCAGGCCGAACCCCAUCCAAAAAGCCCGAAGCACUUCAGAGGUGUUGCUGGAGUUUGUUUGUUCUGGAUAAAAUUUACAAUAGCAGCUUUCAAACUCUCCCUGCUAUCCCUGAAGAGGCUGUACUGCCUGAAAAACCACCCUCGCCCCUGACACCCCAUACUGUAUCAGAGGAAAGCUCAGAAGUCCGGCGAUUGCAACAGAAUGCCGGCCAGGUUGACGAUGGUGUCACUUCUUACUCCUUGCAGCUUUUAUCGACCUGGGGACAUUUGAUGGUCUACCUGAAGAACAUUCGACAAGGACAACUCGAGGACGCAUGGGAACCAAACUCCACCUAUCACCAAAUAAAGUCGCUGGUCUUCCGGUUUGAAACCGUGCUACCGGAAGAUCAUCGCUUUCGCAAUGCAAGAUUUCUUGAAAAGACAGAAUCUGAAAGGGCCAGGGAACGAAGUUAUUGGGCGGCCUGGAUUUCGAUGCAGAUGGUCUAUCAUGUUAUCCAGUGCAUCUUGCAUCACCCUUUCCUCCAUCUUGCAGAGAUUCAUCGCAAGCAGAAGCUACGGUCACCAUCUUUCCUCCAACAUGCAACUGAUCAGGCGAUCUUGCAUUCGGCAUGGGUAAUUCGGAUUCUCGAUCUAUGUAUGGACCACAAUUUUCCCGUCUACGAUCCUUUCGUGGGCCACCUUGCUGCAAUGACUGCUUCUGUGCUCUUCUUCCUUCGAUUUUCAAGAGAUGGGUCCCUAGCCACUAAGGCGGCCAAGGACUUUGAGGUGUGUCGACGCUUUGUAGAUAAUAUGGCGGGAGAGAACCCGCAUCUUCAACAUACUAGAUCUAAGCUCACAAAGCUGGCACAGUCCACGACUCAACUUGUGCAGCCACCAAAAGUUGAAACAUCAUUGCUGUGGGAUCUCUUAGACUACGCAGCUUCCUCAACGCCCUCCGAGAACACAGAUUCUUCCUCAGCUGUAGAGUUGAAUGUCAACACACAGUUUCUUUCGUCCCCACAGGGGAAUACGCCACGGCCUGUGGAGGUGUCAGCAUCACAGGAGCAGACUGGCAUGGAAGUUUCAAUGACGGACCUUUGGGAUGAUCCAUCCCUUUCAUUCGAUUUGCUUGAUUUCUCGACACUGCCGGAUGUAUCAACCCUGACAAUGCCCAGAGAAUUCUGGACUAACGGCCACCUUUAG